CUUGCGCAGCCGGAGCCGCUCCCGUCCCGUGUCCGCUCCGUGUCCCCCCCCACUUCCCCUCCCCUCCGGUGCGGCUCGUGUGACCGGAGCGGUUGGAGUCAGUUAACGCCCGCGGAGGGAGGCCCUGAGCCCGCCACAGCCGGCCGCAGAGGGGGGUUGACGGCGGCCUCCUCGGUCCCCGGUACCAUGAGCAUCGAGAUCCCGCCGGGCCUCACGGAGCUGCUGCAGGGCUACACGGUGGAGGUGCUGCGGCACCGGCCGGCCGACCUCCUGCGCUUCGCCGCCGACUACUUCACCCGUCUGCUGGAUGCCCGCGACCAGGAGGCGGCCGGCGACGGCCGGCUGCUUGUCACCUUCGAUGGGGAACCCAUGCAGACCGAGUCCAACGGCGACGAGGAGCCCGAUCGCGGCAACGAGGACUCCGACUCCGACUUCGAGCCUCCAGUUAUUAACCGAUACAACAGAAGAGUAUCAGUUUGUGCUGAAGCUUUCAAUCCAGAUGAAGAGGAAGAAGAUACAGAACAAAGGGUAGUUCAUCCAAAAACCGAUGAACAGCGGCGCAGACUCCAGGAAGCAUGUAAAGAUAUCCUGCUUUUCAAAAACCUUGAUCAGGAGCAGCUGUCUCAGGUCCUUGAUGCCAUGUUUGAGAGGAAGGUGAAACCUCAGGAACAUGUGAUUGACCAAGGUGAUGAUGGUGACAACUUCUAUGUUGUUGAGCGGGGACUGUAUGAUAUUGUUGUAGCAAAAGACAACCAGUCACGCUGUGUAGGCCGCUACGAGAAUCACGGCAGUUUUGGGGAACUGGCACUGAUGUACAACACUCCUAGAGCUGCCACCAUUGUUGCCACAACAGAAGGAGCCCUUUGGGGACUGGAUCGAGUGACAUUCAGAAGAAUCAUAUUGAAAAACAAUGCCAAGAAGAGGAAGACAUAUGAAUUAUUCAUUGAGUCUGUCCCCCUUCUGAAAUGCUUGGAGGCAUCAGAGCGAAUGAAGAUAGUGGAUGUUAUAGGGGAGAAAGUGUUUCAAGAUGGGGAGCGUAUCAUUUCUCAGGGCGAUAAAGCAGAUUGUUUUUACAUCGUAGAAUCUGGUGAAGUAAAAAUCUUGAUUAAAAGCAAGAUUAUGACGAGUCAGGAAGCUAACCAAGAAGUGGAGAUUGCCCGAUGUCACAGAGGGCAGUAUUUUGGAGAGCUUGCACUUGUUACCAACAGACCCAGAGCAGCCUCUGCCUAUGCUGUUGGGGAGGUCAAAUGUUUAGUCAUGGAUGUGCAAGCAUUUGAGAGGUUGCUUGGACCCUGCAUGGACAUUAUGAAGAGGAAUAUAACACAUUAUGAGGAGCAGCUGGUGACAAUGUUUGGCUCUAGCAUGGACCUGAUGGAUCCAGGGAAUUAGGCACAGGGUACCUCAAUGCCUUCUUAGUUCAAGACACAGAAAAGCCUCCUAUCAGCAACACAACUCACAAGGAAAACGGACACUACAGAACAGUUACUGCUGCUGUCUUCUUGGGCAUUUUAGAAACAAUAAACAAGUUUCAGCACAGAUGGAUUGCUCACUCCCUGCCUCCACUUUUCUGCUGAUACUUCAUUAUUAGACCUAGAUAAAGAUGAUUAUAACCCUAUGUUCACUUACUUGGUUCAGAAUGGCAUCUGUCCAACAGUUCAAGUGCCUCAUAUGAAACCCAAAGUGUGCAAGAUAUAGAAGCCUCCUUCCUUCUGGUGUUACUGUUGGGAUAAAUUUUCUUAUGAGAUUCUGUAGUGGGAAGGUGCCUGUUCUGCAGAGGCAGCCUGUGGAAUAUGAGCCUUUUAUGGGCUUGUUACGUUCAUCUGACGCUUUCCUUUCCAUGUCAAAUUUGCUUUUAAUUGUAGCAUCUGGGUUUGAAGUUACAAUAUCAAUGGAGCCAGUUCAUAAGGUGGCACUGAAGUUUUCUUCCACCUGCUGAAAGUGGCAGGUACUAUAGCUCUUUAAACCAAGUAGACUGAGCUGGGGAGACGGGAGAGUCUGCUUAGCAGCAAAAUGCUGAAAAUGAAGCAUUACUGCGUUUUAAGUGUUUUCUGAGCAGCAAAGAACAUUGUUUUAUUCUGUGCUGCCCAAAAAAAAUGCAGUGGUUCAGAUUACAUGGCCCAAAGGUGUCAGAAUUGUCAUCUCUCCAAAUCUGCUCCUUGGUGAGAUCACAAUAUAUGACCUUCUCUUGCUUACAGAGAUCCUUUAUACCGCUAGAUUUCCCAGGGCACUGUUGUUGACUGGGUCAGUUUUAAAGCUUUUUAAGGAGGUGAAUGUUUUGUAAUUUAAACGAAGAUUGCUUCUGUACUUGUUUACAGGAGCUCCCCCAGUCCUAACAUUUCACAGUAUUCUAACUUCAUUAGACACUUGGAUGCUUCCAAAUACCAUGUUGAUUUGCUCAACUUUUCAGAGGUUGGCAACAUUUGACUUUGUGAAGCAAAUGUCUUCGCUAACUGCGCAGUUGGUGUGUUUGAGGAGUCUUUUUGGUUUAGGUGAUAACCAAGCUAAUGUUUAUCUAAAAUACCUAGUAAAUUUGCAGCAUUUAUUGGGUAGAUUCUAUUUCUAUAGCUUUAAUGAUCUUAAUUGGCAUACUGCUGAGAUUUUUAUCAGAGUAUUAUCUAAACAAGAAGCAGGCCAGAAGAAGGACGUUUUUAUGGUGUACAAAACCCGAGUAUUUAUAUGGAGACGUUGAAUUUGUAGGUAUUAAAUCUCGUGACCCUCUGAAUUGUCAUUCUUCUGCAGCUCAUGCAAACUUUACUGGUGUUUUAUGAGGUUAUAAAAUUUUAAUUGUGGAUGCUAGUAUAACAGAACCUGCUCUUUUUCAUGGCCACGUGAACAAGAAUAGAAGGAUGCUAACGUUGAAUCUCUGCUUCUAGUUAUCACGGGGGACACGAAGCAGCGAGAUGCUUAGCUGCAACUUUUAAGUUGAUUUCUGGACGAUUUUUUUUUUCUCCCCAAAUGGAUGAGCUCCUCUCAAUUCCUGUAAUAUGAGUAAGAUGGAAACUUGGUGAAUUUGAAUGGCUGUUGUCCAGUUGCUGUAAUUGGAGUAAUAUUUUUAUAUGAUGCCAAUGAUUUGUAAUGGACACCACAGAGGGGAGGUGUUUCCAUGUUAUUAAAGUCCUGGUUGUGAUGUCUAGUGGCUGUUCUAACUGCAUGUGUUUUAGGACAGUGAAUUUCCCUUGCUUUAUUAGGCUGGUUAUUUUUUUACAGCCAGAGAAGCAGCAAGUACUUUUCAUUCAUGCUUCCAAGGUUUUUAACACCAAAGAAAAAAAAAAUCAUUCUUGAGAUUACAGAAUUAAAAAAAGCAAGCAAACUAAAGCAAACUAAGAAACAAAAAGUGAAAAAGCUCUAUUCAUCAGGCCCUUGAAUUAAUAAUAUAUAAAAGUUUAAGAUGCUUUGAGCUCCAAGGUGAGUCUUUCUGAAGCCAGAUCAUGACUGUCCUGCAAACCAGACAUGAACUCGUCUCCAAGCCAAUGUGAGUUUCUGUGCUGCCUGAACUGUCAUGUGAACUAACGAGAAACUUGCAGUGAAAUCAUCAGCUGGCCUUUGUUGCUGCCAGGCAGAAUAUCCUCUCAUUUAUCCAGAGGAGCCUGGCAGACUGAGCUGCCUUACAGGUGGAUUCUGAUUCCUACAGCCUUUGGCUCUCUGCAGGACAGGGUUGUAUACCUCAGCAUAUGCAAAUGGCAAUUGUUCUGAAGCUUAAGCAAAAAAACCCAACACGCAACCAGGGCUGAUGUUUGAUCCUUAAGUAAUUCAGAUUCUGCCUGGAAGGGAGGUUGCUUCUAGAAGUCAAAGGAAAGGAUAAGAAUGUGAAAUCAAAAGAUUGGGAUCCCAUGCUAGAAAGAAAGAAAAAGCUUUUGUUUUACAUUUCUCUAGAUUCCCUGAAGCAAAGGCAAACUGAGCUGAAAAAGCAGCAGCCUGUAAGAAGGCUCAUCCGUUAAAAACUA